AUGAAAGGAGCGGGUACGCAGAGCAGUAUAUGGGCUUGUCAGAUCGGGAAAGACUGCGUAAUGCCUGGACUGUACGCGAUGGUUGGAGCUGCAGCAGCAUUGGGUGGAGUUACGAGAAUGACAGUAUCGUUGGUGGUGAUUAUGUUCGAAUUGACUGGAAGUUUGGAGUUUAUUGUGCCGACAAUGGUGGCGGUGAUGUUCGCGAAAUGGGUUGGGGAUGCCAUCUAUAAACUGGUGAGUGGGUUGUGGAGUGCGAGUUGUUGA